AAUUUCAAUAACUUUAACUGUUUGAAUAUUGAAUUUGUGGAUUCCCUGUAUGCAAUUCCAGUAAUGACUCUUAUGGCUCUUUUCUGCAGAAGGAAGAUUGGAUUUAAAUAUGUUUUGCAGGCACUACCCCACACUUCAAUACAGUAUGUUAGCUAUGGAACGAUCAGUGAAUUAUACUAAAUAUACAUUGCUUUUUGAUUUAGAAAAUCCUUCACUUUGUGUAAAAUAGAAAUACGUUUAGAUACUUUAGCCUUUGUAUCAUUAAUAUGUGAUUUUCUUGACAAAUGUUCAUCAAUCUUAACACCCAAAAACCUGAUCUCCUUUGUUCUUUGAAUCUCAACUCCUUCGACAUAUGAGGCAUCCACGCUUUUCUUACUACUACUAAAAGUCAUACAUUUAGUUUUACAAGUAUUCAAGGAUAAUCUAUUUACUUCAAACCAUCUUUUAAUUUUGAUUAAUUCGUUUUCAGCCACCUCUAACACAUCCUUUAUAUUUUGUCCUGAAUAAAAAAGGGUUGUAGCGUCCGUAAAUAAAACACAUUUAAACAGUUUGGAAACUAUGAUAAUAUCAUCGACGUGCAUGAGAAAUAGUAUUGGUCCAAGGACCAAUCUUUGUGGUACUCUACAGCUGACGUAAUGUAAGGCAGAUUUCCAAUUGUUAACUUCCACAAACUGUUUUCUGUCCUUCAGGUAACUUUUGACCCUCCCAUGAGCCACUCCUCGUAUUCCAAAUUUGUACAAUUUGUCCAAUAAUAUUUCAUGAUAAAGUGUGUUACUUUGCACCCUCUUGAAAGUAUGCCAACUCUUGACUAUACCAAUAUUUAGCAUUUCAAGAUUCAUACUACAUUUCAGUACAUCAUCCACUCUUGAAAUUUCAAACCCUUUUAACGUUUAAACUGUUUUAACCUUUAAACCAUGUCUACAUUCCACUUGCAUUUCAGUUUGUUGACAGCUCUUCAACAUUCAAAUCAUUUCAACUUUCAAACCAUUCCUGCAAUCAAAGUAUUUCUACAUUCAAACCAUGUCUACAUUCAUUGUACCUUCCAUCAGCAUUUCAAUUUAGCUUCAGCAUUGGAUCAUUUACCGGUACACACAUUUUCUUCAGAAAUUCCUUUAUCUAGUUAUCUGUGUUGGCCCUGUGAUGAGGUGGCGACUUGUCCAGGGUGUAUGCAGCUGGGAUAGGCCCCAGCCACACCCCGCGACCCUGAGAGGGACAAGCAGUAGAAAAUGGAUGGAUAGUCUAUAAGACACUCCCACAUAGUGACAACCAACCCUAUCACAGGAAUGGCUGUCACACAUUAUGGGGGUUGGUUGGCACUGUUAUUUAAUGGGAACAAUCUUUUAAAGAAGACAGGACUAAAAUAGAAAGUCAAGAGACAAGUUCAUAAAUACAUAACCUAAAAGGCAGAAAAGUUACACAUAAAAUUACAUUCACAUUACACAUUAAAAUGACAGGAUGGACAUCAAGUAAAACCGUUACAGAUAACUUAGGCUCCUUCAAAUGUUCUGAUUUAAAAGCAUUUCAGGAUAAGAAUUCAGUCAGCCUCCAAUCUCUUUGUAACAUGUUCCAAGCACAAGGAGCUGUAAAGACAAAAGUUUUUUUCCCCAGCUCAGAGCUGGCAAAACGGAGAGAGAGAGCAACAGCUGAUCAUUGGAUCUCAGUGCACAAGAGUCCGUACAUCUGUGUGUAAUCAGUGUACAAAUGUAAUCGGGAAAUGGUCCCAGAAGAGCCUUGUAAAUAAAAAUGUACGAAUGACACCGUCUCCUAGUGGAGAGAGAAGGCCAUCCCACCCGAGAGUACAAGUCACACUCGUGUGUCAUGGUUCUACAGUUUGUGAUGAACCUCGAAGAAGCAUGGUAAACAAAGUCCACUAUCUGAAAACAGGAAUGAGUAGCAUUCAUAUAAAAAGAUCACCAUAAUCUAGCACAGCUCAAUUUAAGUUUUAGUUUCUGCCCCAGUUUAUCAAUAAAAGGUUUAAAAGUGAGGGAGUCAUCAAUUAAAACACCAAGAUAUUUAUAUUCAUGCACCACUUCUAUGAUAUUCUAUUCAAGAGUGGACACUAUUGGGGGAGUCUGGGUUAACUUUUUAUGUUUGGAAAACAGCAUAAGUUUUGUCUUGUCAGCAUUGAGAACCAUCCAUUUUCUACCGCUUGUCCUUUUUGGGGUCACGGGGGGUGCUGGAGCCUAUCUCAGCUGCAUUCGGGCGGAAGGCGGUGUACACCCUGGACAAGUCGCCACCUCAUCACAGGCAUUGAGAACCAGUUUUAAGUAAAUAAGUGAAUUCUGCACAGCAACAGAAGCUUUAUGCAGGGAAUUAACAGCCUGUUCAAGAGACGAUCCAAAGCAAAAAACAAUUGUAUCAUCAGCAUAUAAAUUUCGCAAAUUCUCAGCAUCAGAGAAAUGUUGUUCGAGAUCAUUGAUGUACAAGACAAUUAAGAGGGGCCCCAAAACAGAUUUUUGAGGCACUCCUUUAUGAACAGUGACAAAUUCAGAGCAAAGGCCCUCGUAUUUAAUACACUGGGUCCUGUUUUCUAAAUAAUUUGAAAACCAAGCGACCGUAUGUUCUGACAGUCCAAUGAGAAACAGCCUGUGUUUUAAAAUAGUGUGGUCUACUGUGUCAAACGCUUUGGAGAGAUCAAUAAAAAGUGAAGCACAUUACUGUUUUUAUCAAUGAUGUCAUUUACCACCUUCAUUUAGGCAGUGAUAGUGAUGUGCUUUUUUCUGAAGCCUGAUUGAAAUUUAGAAAUAAUUGUAUUUGAAUAGAGGAACUCUUUCAACUGAUCACAAACAAGAGAUUUCUGAAUGUUUGAUAAGACACAUACAUUUGAUAUUGGCCUAUAAUUACAAAGAACUGCUGCAUCUCCUCCCUUUAAUAAAGGGAGGACAAAACCAGAUUUCCAAACUGAUGGAAUGUCUUUGUUUUUAAUUGACGGAUUAAAAAUAAUUGAAAUUGGCAUCUGCUAUAAAAUCAACUGCCAGCUUUAAAAAAAAUAAAGCUUGAUCAAGUCAGGUCAAACUUUCUUUCUGUGGUCUAAUGUUUUUAGAGCUUUAUGCACUUUAAGACAAGUAAACGAAGCAAAAUUAAAACGAUCUCCAGAAAACGUGGGACAUUCUACAAGGAGUCCCUAUAGUUGUCCCUAUUGAGUCAAAUAGAGAUCCCGACAAUAAAAAAUAUUUGUUAAAACAAUUCAAGACUUCAGUUCGAUCAUAAACUGGCACUGAUUCUUUGAGUACAAAUGUGGGAAGAGUAGCUGUGUUUUUAGUCACACAGAGAUUUGUUCACUUUCCAAAAUUUCUGUGGGUUGUUGAGGUUCUCAGUGGUGACGGACCAAAAAUAUCCCAAUUUGGACUUUUUGAUAAGCAAAGUGCAUUGAUUCCGGAGCUGUCUAAAAAAGGACCAAUCAAUGGCAGAAUUUCUUUGUCUUGCCUUUCCAUAUAGUUGCACAAAAGAGUGAACAACAAGCUCAAAAUAAAAGUUACUGAAAUCAUUAUUGAAAUCUUCAAUGCCAGUUGUAGAUUGAUGGAAAGAUGCAGAGUUGGGUUUAUUUUACACCUCAGUUGUGUUAUUUCAACAUGUGAUGUGAUCUCACUGAUCUUUAGGAAGUGUUUGUGAUCUGUGUGACCUCGCCACAUACUUUUCUUUCCACUUCGUUCCGUUUCCAUUUCCUGGCAUUGUUCCACUAGAUAACUGUUUGUAUCCAUUCAUCAUUCUCAUUCCUUGUGUAAUUCACGAAAAAAUACUAACCAAGUAAACACAUGCAAGUUGUUGAUAACAGUAUUGAUAGUACUAAACACAUUUAGUGUCCAACUGAGUCAAGGUCUCUGUCCUUUGCUGCAGAACCAACAGAGGAUGUCCUGUUAGAUCGGCGUGUGUGUGUGUGUGUGUGUGUGUGUGUGUGUGUGUGUGUGUGUGUGUGUGUGUGUGUGUGUGUGUGUGUGUGUGUGUGUGUGUGUGUGUAAUGGGAGGGUAGGCUGCUUGAUAGCUCAGUUAUCUGCUAACAUUGGAGCAGAGAGGGGUCACCUUGUGUCUGUCUGCAGUCUGAACACACAACUCUUGGUUUUGAAGACCACAAGACAAGAAGGCAUCAGGGGGGAUUUAUUUGUGCUCUUCAUAAAUCGUCCUAAUAAGCUUCUCCUUGUAGACGAUGGGCGACGACGAAUACAAUCAUUCGCUGUUUGUGAACGGCACACCGUGGUUCAUCCACGAGUGCACCCUGGAGCUGGACGCAGAGUACCGUCGCAUCUGCCUCUUCCUGCUCUACCUCUUCAUCUUCGUGGUGGGCCUGCUGGAGAACACAUUGGUGGUCUGGGUCAACUGGCGACGACGCCACUCCGCCAACGGCGUCCUCUUUUGCAUCCUCAACGUGAGCCUGUCGGACUUGAUGGUGAUCGCGGUCCUGCCUUUCUUUAUGAUGGAGGUGACCGUCAACAGGGUUUGGCUGUGGGGACGCUUGCUCUGCAAGCUCACCAAUCUCAUCUACGAGAUCAAUUUCUACAGCAGCUCCUUUUUUCUGGCCCUCAUGACUUUGGAGCGAUACUUGUCUCUAACCAGGCCUUCCUUUCCGGCGUUGUUCCCAGUGGUGGGCCGGCGCCGGUGGGCUGUCUGCGGUGGCGUGUGGCUACUCUCCCUAUUCCUGGCAGUGCUGGAAAACAUCCAUGUGGAUCUUCUGGAGUGGGACGAGCCAGGCUGCUACAUGCUGCCUCAAAACAACUACACCGAGUGGUAUGUGUCUGUGACCUUCCUGUGUCUAAUCUUCCAGUUCCUGGGCCCUGCCUCUGUUAUCAUCACCUGCAACGUGCUGAUCGCUCGGGCCAUUCAAACGGCACCGGACGUGCAGGGUCGGCGGGAGGUGUGGCUGGUGCAUGUCUACUCUCUGGUGUUUGUGGUGUGCUGGCUGCCAUACCACCUGGUCAUGUCGCUUAUGAUCAUAGACGACCUGCACCCCAUCCUCUUCAGCUGCAACGUGGUGGAGGUCAUCUACUUUUCCUUCAGUGUGGUGCAAACCCUCUCGCUCUUUCACUGCGUGGCCAAUCCUAUCCUCUACAACUUCCUCAGCAAGAGUUUCCGUGACAACCUCAUCAACACUGUGGUCAGCCACAUACCCAGAGAGAGCGCCACAGACAAGGGGGGCGCACAGCCCAACGCUGCAAAUGGAGGGGGGGGCGAUAAAGGGAAGCAGUGCAAGCUGAGUAACGCCAGCACCAGCCAGUCUGAUGUGGGAUCAUGAUCCCCACCCCAAAAAAAGAGCAUUUCAGAAGAAAAUUGCAUCAAAGGUGGCGACUGAAAUCUCUACUGACUGUUGAAAGAAGUUUACUUUCAAAUUGAUUUAUUUCCUUCUGCAUGGCUCAAGGUUCAAUUUUUGUGAAUCAAUUUAGUUAUUGAAUUAAGAGGUGACUUGUGAUAUGUUUGUGGUGACUUCAAUUGUCAACAACAUUCGAACAUGUUCUGCAAAAUUGUUCACACAAUUUGUUUGUUGGUCUAGUGGAGGCGCAUCCUAGUGGCUGAUUAAAAUAAUGCACUUCCGGUUUUAAAGUAUGGGCAAAAAUAUCCGGUUUGUUAUACCGUGAUACCAAUUUUAAGUGUGGGCAUUUUUUUUUUUUAGCAAAUUAGUGACAGCCGUGAUAAUUUUGCCCACAAUGUGUAAAAAUGUCCUACUUUUCAUUGUUUCUGUUUGACCCGUCCAGUGUUACUAUAUGGCAAAUGAUCGUAUUUUAAGGAAAAAAUAUUGAAUAAAACCAAACUGAUGUUACUUAGGACCAUCAGCUACAAUAAGAAAUUACUACAAAUCGUAUAUGAUGUGGCGUGAUUUACCUUUAAUAAACUAUAACAGCACUGUUGGAAAGUACACGUACUUGGCUUUAAAGAGUCACGUGAUGCAAUUAACACCAGGCACAGUGCAUGAUAUCUGUUUUCUAAUAACCAUGUUCCAAGAAGUGAAAUUAUCGUACAUGAUUGCCAUUUUUACAAAUACGUUAAUUAGAUUACGUCUGGCAACGCUGUCCUCCUCUCUAGCCCCGCCCUCUCUUCCAAAUAUGGUCAUCAAGGAUACUCACGAAGCGAUUUAAAACCCAUAUAUAUAUAUUUUUUUAUAUAUAAGAGUACCUAAUAUUGCUAAACAGAUGAAUGCAGGAAAUCUAUAUCCAACUCUAUAAAUAUGAAUUUAUUGCAAAAUUACCAAAACCUUAACAGUACUGUAAACAAACUGCUCCGAUUGACUAAAAAGUACAUCUUCUAUCUAACCAGAUAAACGUUCCGCAGUCACGUGACUCAUUUCUUGCCGAAUAUAUCCUCCUCUUUAAGACUGAUGCUUUGUAUAAUGUAAAAAUAAAACUCCAGAUGUUGGAAAACUUGA